GCCCUCUGCUUUCCCUUCUCAUUCCUCCGUGGCAGCAGCUCUCGCUUGCUCUUUGACAGAAACGGAACGUGUCAGACUCGGUUGUUGGUGGGGUGGAAGAGAAGCGGCUGAGCAAGCCUGCGCCGCCGGCCACAAGGGCCAGUCCCCUCUGCAUUGCAAGCAGCCUCCUUCUUCCUACCAGGCCAGCCUUUCAGUCGGCAGGCGGGGCUCUUUGCUCGCUCCCUCCCUGCAGGGACGGACGGAUCCUCCUCCCCUUUCGACAUCUCUCCCUUCCCUCUAGCCUUCUUCCCUCUUAGGCCUGCCUCUUUCUGCUUUCCCUUGCGCUCUAUAGCCGCUGUUGCUCGCUGGAGCGUCCCCGGGAGCCACUCCUGUCUUUCUGAAGCUAAUUGCUUUUGCCUGCAAGAGCAGAAAACUCCAGGCAGCAAAAAUGCCCCAUGCUAAGCAAACCCGAGUACUCCUUCUCAACGACAUGGAGAAGCUGGACAAGACCCUCUUCCGGCUCGAACAAGGUUUUGAACUACAGUUCCGACUUGGCCCCACCUUACAAGGCAAGCAUGUUACAGUAUAUACCAACUACCCAGCUUCUGGACAAGUGUUUGAUCGUAACAAAUUCAGAUCCCUGUCAUGGCACAACCCAACAGGAAAAGAAGAUGAUUCUGACAAAUACUGUAAACUGGAUCUGCAGAUUUCUGGAUCAUAUCAGUAUUAUUUCAGUAAUGAAGAUCAGAAAAGUGGUGGAGGCUACAUAGUUGUGGAUCCUAUUUUGCGUGUUGGUGCUGACAAUCAUGAAUUGCCAUUGGAUUGUGUUACGCUCCAGACAUUCCUAGCUAAGUGUCUGGGACCAUUUGAUGGAUGGGAAGAUCGUCUUAAAGUAGCAAAAGAAUCUGGGUACAACAUGGUUCACCUUACACCAGUGCAAAAACUUGGACUAUCUAGAUCAUGUUAUUCUUUGGCUGACCAGCUGGCAGUAAAUCCUGAUUUUUCAACCCCCAACAAAAAGUGUUCUUGGAAUGAAAUGGGGAAACUAAUAGAAAAAAUGAAAAACGAGUGGAACAUGCUUUGCAUUACAGAUGUAGUCUACAAUCACACUGCUGCAAAUAGUGAAUGGAUAACUCAGCAUCCAGAAUGUGUGUACAAUCUUGUUAAUUCCCCUCACUUGAAACCAGCCUGGCUUUUGGAUAGAGCCCUUUGGCAUUUAUCCUGUAAAGUGGCUGAUGGCAAAUGCAGCGAUAAAGGGGUGCCUCCUCUGAUUGAAAAUGAAGAUCAUUUGAAUUGUAUCCGUAAAGUCAUUUGGGAGGAUAUUUAUCCCAAGAUAAGAUUGUGGGAAUUCUUCCAAGUAGAUGUUAACAAAGCAGUGCAACAAUUUAAAACUCUUUUGACUCAAGGUGGCUCAAAAGUUAAAACCGAUCCCAAUCAACAUCUUGAAAUUGUUCAGGAUCCUGAAUUUAAGAGGCUUGGCUGCACUGUAGAUAUGAACAUUGCACUGAACACCUUCAUACCACAUAGCAAUGGGCCAGCUGCAAUAGACGAGUGUUGUAACUGGUUCCGCAAGCGAAUUGAAGAAUUGAAUGGUGAAAAGUUGCGACAAACAAAUUACCAUCAAGAACAGGCAGUCAACUGCUUUGUGGCAACAGUGAACUAUGAACGACUAGCUGACCAUGGUCCUAAGCUAGGUCCUGUAACCAGAAAGUAUCCUUUAGUUACAAGCUACUUUACAUACCCAUUUAAAGAGCUAACCCUGGAGGAAGAAGAAGUUAUGAUGCAUCAGCCUGGCAAAGCGAGCUACUUCAUGGCUUUUAAUGGCUGGGUGAUGGGAGAUGAUCCUCUAAGAAACUUUGCUGAACCAGGUUCAAAUGUCUACUUGAGAAGAGAGCUUAUUUGCUGGGGUGACAGUGUCAAGCUACGUUAUGGAAACAAACCAGAAGACUGUCCAUAUCUCUGGGCUCACAUGAAAAAAUAUACUGAAAUUACUGCCAAAUAUUUCCAUGGAGUACGUCUUGACAACUGUCAUUCAACACCUCUACAUGUCGCUGAGGAGAUGCUGGCAGCAGCCAGGUCAGUCAGACCUAAUCUUUAUGUGAUAGCUGAACUCUUCACGGGCAGUGAGUACAUUGACAAUGUCUUUGUCAAUCGCCUUGGAAUUACCAGUCUGAUUAGAGCCUCGUGUCCUUUCUUUUUUUCUGUUCUAUCUUUUCCCUCUCUGUGGCUUCCUUGGCUGUGCUUUUUGCAGUACAUGCUGGAUUCAGCUAGAAAAUUGCGGCCCAAUAUGUAUGUAGUGGCUGAACUGUUCACGGGAAGUGAGGAGCUGGACAAUAUCUUUGUGAAUAAGCUGGGCAUUAGCUCCUUAAUAAGAGAGGCAAUGAGUGCAUACAACAGUCAUGAAGAAGGAAGAUUAGUUUACCGCUUUGGAGGAGAGCCAGUUGGGUCUUUUGUUCAGCCACAUUUGAGACCUUUAAUGCCUGCUAUCGCACAUGCACUGUUCAUGGACAUCACACAUGAUAAUGAAUGUCCAAUUCAGCAUCGAUCUGCAUCUGAUGCGCUUCCCAGUUCAACCAUUGUUUCCAUGGCAUGCUGUGCUACAGGGAGCACUAGAGGGUAUGAUGAAUUAGUACCACAUCAGAUUUCUGUGGUCUCAGAAGAGCGAUUUUAUGCAAAAUGGAAUCCAGCAGCAACACCUGCAACACCUGGUGAAAUUAAUUUCAAGACUGGGAUAAUAGCAGGAAGGCUGGCUAUUAACAGAUUGCACCAAGAGCUGGCAGCCAAAGGGUUUAUUCAGGUGUAUGUAGAUCAAGUUGAUGAGGAUAUCGUGGCUGUUACAAGGCACUGUCCUAACACACACCAGUCUGUUGUGGCUGUUUCCCGAACAGCUUUCAGAAAUCCUAAAACAUCCUUCUAUAGCCAAGAGGUUCCCCAGAUGUGUAUUCCAGGCAAAAUUGAAGAGGUGGUUCUUGAGGCUAGGACUAUUGAUAGAAAUGCUGGCCCUUAUAAAAAAGAUGAACACUCAAUCAAUGGCUUGCCUGAUUAUACAGUUGAACUCCGAGAACACAUCCAGCUUGAAGAAAGUAAAAUCAUAAAGCAAGCUUCAAUUGCUACAAAAGGCCCCAAUGAAUUUGUUCAAGAAAUAGAAUUUGAAAAAUUAACACCAGGGAGUGUGAUUAUAUUUAGAGUUAGCCUUGACCCAAAGGCACAAGAAGCUGUAGGAGUACUACGUAACCACCUGAUCCAGUUCAGUCCUCACUUUAAAUCUGGAAGUCUCCCAGAUGAUGGCUCAGAACCCAUUCUCAAAAAACCCUUCUCAACUAUUGCAUCGAAAUUAACCUUGGCAGAUCUGAACCAGGUAUUGUAUCGGUGUGAUGCUGAGGAACAAGAGGAUGGAGGGGGAUGUUACAAUAUACCAAACUGGACACCCCUUAAAUAUGGAGGCCUUCAAGGAAUAAUGUCAGUGAUGGCAGACAUACGGCCAAAGAAUGAUUUGGGCCAUCCUUUCUGUGGUAACUUGAGAUCUGGUGACUGGAUGAUCGACUAUGUGAGUGAUCGGCUCAUUUCCCGUGCUGGAGCUUGUUCUGAAGUUGGCAAGUGGCUGAAAGAAAUGUUUAUCUACUUGAAGCGGGUUCCUCGUUAUCUCAUUCCAUGUUAUUUUGAUGCCAUAUUAGUUGGCGCAUAUACAACUCUUCUGGACUUGGCUUGGAAGCAAAUGUCUAGCUUUGUUCAGAAUGGAUCAACAUUUGUUAAGCAUCUUUCCUUGGGAUCUGUCCAGAUGUGUGGAAUUGGAAAAUAUCCUUCUUUGCCACCUCUGUCCCCUGCCAUACAAGAUGUUCCCUAUAGGCUGAAUGAAAUUACAAAAGAGAGAGAACAGUGCUGUGUUUCUUUAGCAGCUGGUUUACCUCAUUUUUCAUCUGGCAUUUUCCGCUGCUGGGGAAGGGACACCUUCAUUGCACUGAGAGGACUGAUGUUAGUUACCGGACGUUACUUGGAAGCAAGGAAUAUAAUUUUAGCAUUUGCGGGUACACUUAGACACGGUCUCAUUCCCAACUUGCUUGGUCAGGGGACUCAUGCCAGAUUCAACUGCCGUGAUGCUGUGUGGUGGUGGCUUCAGUGUAUACAGGAUUAUUGUAAAGUCGUUCCAAAUGGCACAGACAUUCUAAAGUAUCCUGUAUCCAGACUGUAUCCUACAGAUGAUUCCCCACCUCAACCAGCAGGCAAAACGGAUCAGCCACUGUAUGAAGUGAUUCAGGAAGCUAUGCAGAGACAUAUGCAAGGUAUACAAUUCCGAGAAAGGAAUGCUGGCCCACAGAUAGAUCGAAACAUGAGAGAUGAAGGUUUUAAUGUGACUGCAGGUGUGGACAUGGAAACUGGCUUUGUCUAUGGCGGAAACCGUUUUAAUUGUGGUACAUGGAUGGAUAAGAUGGGAGAGAGCGACCGAGGUCGCAACAAGGGAAUUCCAGCAACUCCAAGAGAUGGUUCUGCUGUGGAGAUUGUUGGUUUGUGCAAAUCAACAGUUCGCUGGUUACUAGAGUUAUCUAAAAAGAACAUAUUUCCUUAUCCUGGAGUUACUGUGAAAAGACAUGGAAAAGAAGAGACCAUCACAUAUGAUCAAUGGAACAGAAAAAUCCAAGCCCACUUUGAAAAGUUGUUCUUUGUCUCUGAGAACCCAGCAGAUCCUAAUGAAAAGCAUCCAACUCUGGUUCACAAGCGGGGCAUAUACAAGGACAGCUGUGGAGCAUCAAGCCCUUGGUGUGAUUAUCAACUAAGGCCAAAUUUUACUAUAGCAAUGGUUGUGGCACCUGAAUUGUUCUCUCCUGAGCGCGCUUGGAAAGCACUUGAAAUGGUAGAGCAAAAGCUGCUUGGUCCACUUGGCAUGAAAACUUUGGACCCAGAUGAUAUGGUUUACUGUGGUGUGUACGACAAUGCCUUAGACAAUGAUAACUACAAUGUGGCUAAAGGAUUCAAUUACCAUCAAGGACCUGAAUGGCUUUGGCCCAUUGGAUACUUCCUUCGUGCCAAGUUGUACUUCUCCAAACUAAUUGGUCCAGAGAUCUAUGCAAAGACGGUCUUUUUGGUUAAGAAUGUUCUUUCUCGCCAUUACGUCCAUCUUGAGAGGUCUUCUUGGAAGGGGCUUCCAGAAUUGACUAAUGAAAAUGGGCAGUAUUGCCCUUUCAGCUGUGAAUCUCAGGCCUGGUCAAUUGCUGCGAUUCUUGAGGUUCUCUAUGACUUGUAGAAGUGGUCCUCUAUCUUGAUAAAUUUCCUAGCUUUGUCCUGAAUGCAAGUACCCAUCUUUGUCUCAUAGUAGAGUUUGUCCUACUUUUUGAAACUGUCUGUCUGUGCCUGCAGCUUCCAGACACUUUGAGAAGCAUUUUGGAUGCCCAGUCUUUUUAAAAUCACACUGUUGUUGUUUUUUAGCUAAUAGUGAAGACUAGAAACGGAAAAGCUUAAGAGAGCACAGUCACUGAGGAUACCCUCAAAUAUAUCAAUAUUUGGUUUAUAACCCCACCACACAUACCAAAAAAACCUCCAAAAACUGUAACAGGUAUAACACUUGAAACAUCUUGCAUGCAUUCAGACUUUCUUUUAAAGAUCUAAGAAAUACCUGAACUUUUAAAACAAAAUUAAAUCUUGGGUGGCUUUAAGGUUUUAUGACUGAACCUGCAUCCUGGAAAACCAAGUAGAAGGAACUGAGGGCCAGACUAGAUAUGUGUGUUUAAACCUGCAAUUAAGCAGUCCCAAAAAGCAGAGAGUGGCAAGGGUGCUUGCGUGAUUUAAAGAACAAAUGGAGCAUCCUAAAUCAGUUACUUAAAUUCCCUUUAGUUCUUCUUCCCAAUCUUGUGUCUCCCAGCUGGUCUACUUUCAGUAUCUGAGCCUGGCUGAGAGACUGUGAGGAGUAAGCUGUGGAACAGAUUUAUGCCCACUUCCUCUUCUUCUUAAAAAUUUCUCAAGAUUUAUGCACAUCCUCUUCUUAAAAUCAUAUCUGCAUUAUUUGCAGCUGGUCUAGAUGCAAGCCUCUGGAUCUGCCCUAUUGCAUCUAGUUUGGCCCUGAACCUUCUGUUCCAAGAACAGAGUAUUUCUGGCCAUAGUAGUGCAUUCUAUAAGCAUUACUUCACUAGGGCAUUCUCCCUUUUAACUUUUAAAGUUGGGGUGGUGGGGCAGAUUUACCCAGAGGCUUCACGACAAGUCCACAAACACAAAGCAUUCAAGAAUAAUCAUUGUGUAUAGCUUCUCAGGGCCUUGUUAGUACAAAAGCCAUUUCUAAACCGAUCCGUAGGAUUAAUUUUGUAUAUUAAGAACUUUCAUUUCUUUGAAGUAACACAGUAAUUGAAAGAAUGAUUGGACAUCUGAUGUAGUGUAUAUAUAGCCAUAAAACUUGAAGUGCACCUUGUUUUAAGGAGUGAAUGAGGAGCUGGCUGUGAAGUCUACUUGAAGGGAGCAGCUGCUUCCUGUGACUGCUGAAAAUAUUUUCCUCAUCAAGUAAUGGAUUCCGUGACAGUAAAAGGUAGCAGCACAGAGCACCACUUUCCACUUGGACAUCAGUACAAACAAACAAGUAGUCGCAUGGCAGCCAUUUUUGAUAGCUCCCUUUUGGUUGCUGCCUUUGUGGCAAACGGUCCAUUGGAAACAACUUGCUGCAAGGAUGAAAUCUCAUUUCACCCUUUUUGCAAAUCCAGUGCAGCUGACGUGGUGACGAAAAGGCCCUUCUGUGAGUUUGGCCGUACCAGAUGAAAUGCUUACCCAAUGGAGGCAGCUGCCAUGGAGAGCAAUUUAGAGCCACUUUCAUGUAAUGGUGGUGAUUGUAUCAGCCCCUGGUUACCUGCAAGAAAGGAAUUGCUCGUUAGCAUGCAGUCUUAAGAUUUCUUACCUCAGCUCAAGCCAACUGCAUCUGGAACUCUGUAUACCACUGUGCCGUUAUCUUACUGCAAUUAAUUGGUAAAAGCCAAAUGAUGUUAUCUGUGAUGUAGAAGGAAAUAAUCAAUAACAUGUUUAAAAUACUGACUCCAGUCUAAAUUAAUUCUGAAUAGUCCUGCUGCAAUUUAGUAGUCCUUUAAAGUAACUCCCAAGUAAUACUAUUGAAUAACUUAUUCAGCACAGUUGUUAAGGCUUAUCUACAAAGCAAAAGCAUAGUUUUGCAGAUUUAUCUUGAGGACACAGUGAUGACGCAAGCAUGCAGAAAAAUGGGUUAGAGAUCUGCUCCAGCUAGAAUUUGGUAUAAACUGCCUUUCAGAAAAGGCAUUUUGAUAUUUAAUUUGUUCACAUUGGUACUUUAAGAUCUUAAUGGUUAACACAUGCACUACUACUUCAUAAGAUUAGCAUAAUUGUCUGAAUUCUAAUCACUGCAACUGGAUUUAAAAAAUAAUAAUAAUAAUAAUAAAAAAUAAAGGCUAAACUCUACUGUAAGAACAUGUCUGUUAACAUUCCUCAUGGUUUUCAGUCAUAUUAAUGAGCGGCUAAUUAAACUUUUUAUUUUCCUAAUUUUCUUGUGAGCUUGGGGUUUUUUUUAAAGCUCUUUUAGAAAAUAGCAUCCUUUUUUUAAAAAAUCCUAUUAAAACCCUUAUUAAAAGGCUUUAAAUAACUAUUUGCCAGCUUGAGACAAUCUGUUAGAAGUUUUAACAUAUCACUUGGCAUUCAGAAUGCAUUUUGUUAAGAACAAUUUAUAGCUGGAAAACUAACUACUGAAUCUCAACAUCUGUUUACUUUGAAAUUAGGGUCAAUUCAUCUGACCAAACUGUGACCUGUGUGAUCUUUUUUGAGUGACUAACUAGGGGGAAGUAUAUGGCUAGGCAAAUGGGUAAUCUCCAUGCAGACUACCUUUUAUUGGGCAGCAAAGUGGGCAAGACAGACACUGCUUGGCUAUUUGGUCACAUGAAUCAGCCAAAAGUCAAGUUACUUCAGAGGAAAAUGUUUUCAAGUUGGUGUGCUUAGUACUGAAACCCUAAAGUCUGAUUCUUAGUCAGACUUAGAUGUAAAGGUGGUGGUUAAACACAGAACUGCCCCAGGUAGAAAGACAGGCAUGUCUGUGUUCAAUUGCAAAGGGGUUGUGUGUGGCUUAAGUCUCUUCAGCCUUUCCCCCAAGCACUUUUCCUAUUGGCCAGACUCAGAUCCCUGAAGUGGCCUCAGCUGGGUGAAAAGUGCUUCCAGUUGCACCCUCUUUCUGUGUGAUUGGGGCAGAUCUGUAUUCAUAUAUGUACAACUGCCAGUGCCUCAUUUUAUUUGGCCCAAAAGAAUAGAUGUACCUGCAAGGGUUUGAAAAUAAUGCUGUAAGUAUUUUUUUUUUUUAAAUUCACCACACUGUUACAAAAUUGAAAAGGAGCCUGAAAAAUAGUUACUGUAUUAAAUAAAUAGAUUUGCACAUGGUUUAACAUGUUGGAUGCUGAAAUAACGUUUGAGCAGGAGGAAUGAGCCAAUCUUCCAUCCUAUUGAAGGUUUGUGAGUUGCACUGUUCUAUCCAAAAAUGGAAUACAUUUCUCAUGCUAAUAUUUUUGUAACAUUAUGUUAAAAAUGCUUAAAUAUAUCUCACCGCUGCAUCUGUCUGCCAAUAAUAUACAUAUAGAUUGUUAAAUUUCAUAAAUAUAUUACAAAGAGGUAUAAAAUGGUUUUAAAUGUUCAGUGAUGCCUUAAUGAAAAAGCAAGCGCGAUGUUAGUAACGAUUAUGUAUUAUAUUUCAUUGCUCAUUAUGAACUAAACUUAGCCAUGGACAUUUUUAUUGAAAAUCUUCACUCUGUGACUCUGGCAGUGAUCUUGGACAUAAACAUGAUUUUUGUGAAGAUGGAGAAUACACACAUUUCACAUUGGAGCUAGAAUUUGCUUAAGGGAAAAGUCCUAAAGAUAAGACAAGAGAGAGGCUCCCAACAAGGUGCAAUAAUAUGAUAUAGUAUACUACUAUUCUUCUCAAAGUAGAUUAUUAUAUAGUGGCAUUUUAAAAUGGUCAGAAGUUUCAACUUGCUCUAAUAAACAUUGUCACAACACAAAUAUCAAAAGUCAUCAGUAAUGCCAAAGUAUGGUUAACAAAAAAAAAUUGCAAGCAGUCUGAAUAGACAAGUUUAUAUCUCUACUGUCUAUCAUAUGCCAUGACUCAUAGCAAUCGGUGAAUCUUUUUCAACAUCGGAACAAAGCUAUCUGGGCAUCCUUUAUGUACACAUUAUUUGUUUUCAUUUCAAUCAGAUUUUUAGUGUUCAUUUCAUUAGCACAACACGUAUAUUUCAAAAACAAUGCUAAAAGGGAAUCAUGGGAAUAUUGCAUGUUGUAUAAUGAAAAGAGUAACUGUUACACAUAUGAGUCUUGUACAGUACAUCUGUCUGGUGUAAUAAUUUAACGGCAGAAAAAUAUCACACAGUUAUCUGUGAGUGACAUACAAUAAAAGUCUAGCAAAAAUA